CUGAAAAGUAAAAACAGAUCUCUCUUCUCCCCUUCGACCACCUCCUGAUACGAGAAGGCCAUGGAUAUGGAGAUCGCGACUACCGGCGACGAAGAAGUAGACUUCUUGUCGGAUCCAAUGGACAGAUUUCCCCUGCCGGAUCUGGCCGACGAAGAUCUGGUGCUCGCCCAUGGCAGAAGCCAAGCUGUAGUAUGCGAACCUGCUGAAUCCAUCAUUGGCGAGGCGGGGGACGCCGUACUAGCAGUGGAAAAUGACUUGAACAACACAUGUCAGGGGAUUGCCCUCUCUGCGCCAGCCUCCGAGCAAUCUACGGGGAAAGACGACCCUCAAGCCCCUGCCUGGGUGAGAAGGGUGCAACCUGAUGUUUUUGCAGAGUUGGGAGCAAAAGUUUCAGAGUUGAGCUUGUCGGCGGCCGAUUCGCAGCUAUCAACAGGAAAAGAUGACCCGCAAGCCCCCGGGUGGACAAAAAGGGUUCGUAUUGGACGAGCCCCUAUCGAGCGUGCACCUUGUGCUGGAAGAGUGUGUGCCCUUGAAAAAACAUUAAGUGGAUAUGCAGAGAACAAAACUGAUACCAUUGUGGUAUCAGUUGUUGGAUACAACUUCGAUUCAUUGGGAGAAGCAUACGACUUCUACAAUCUAUAUCCGUGGGAAAUUGGUUUCGGAAUAAGAUACGGAAAAAGCAGACUUAAUGUCGAGAGAACCAAAUGUAUGCAGGAGAUAGUGCGUGGAUUCUCGGUGAGUGGAAAUUAAAUUCAUUAUCUCAUUCGUUGGAAUUGCCCUGCCGCGCCAACCUCGAAGCAAUCUACAGGCAAAGACGACCCUCAAGCCUUUGGCUGGACAAAAAGUGUCUGAGUCGGGCAUGCACCCGAUGACAGCCCCCCAUGUGCUGCCAGGAUGAGUGCCCUGGAACAUUAAGAAGAUAUGCAGAAAAGAAAACUGAGACAGUCUGGUUUAUCAGCAGUACCUUCUUCAGAAAAAAUAACCAUCCCUGUGCAGUCUGAUUUAAUCCACUCUGAAUGCCGCACUGUUCGUAUCGGCCAGGCACCUAUCGAGCGUGCAUCCUGCCCUGGUAGAGUAUGUGCACUUGAAAAAACAUUGAGAGGAUACGCACAGAAGAAAAUUGAUACCGUUGUAGUAUCUACUAUCGGAAGCAGCUUUGAUUCGUUGGGAGAGGCAUACGGCUACUACAAUCUAUAUUCAUGGGAGGUUGGAUUCGGAAUAAGAUAUGGAAAGAGUAGGCUCAACAUCGAGAGAACCAAAUGUAUGCAGGAGAUAGUAUGUGGAUACUCGGGCUAACCAAAAAGAGGUAAUACACGGACAUGCCGCUGUGAGUGCCCUGCGAUGAUACAUUUGCUGCGAUCAAAUGACAAUGCUUGGUACAUAAGUGAGCACAGGCUAUCUCACAACCAUUCUUUGACAGGUAAGUGCGGUGAGAAGGUAUACUGGUCUUCCCAUAAACAUAUAGAUAUAUACACAAGACCUUGUGAGACAGCUUAGAGAGAACAAUAUCAGCAUCGGAAAAGGGUACAACAUAAUUGGUAGUUUCUUUGGGUCAAUGAGCAAUGUGCCUUUCACUAAGCGGGCUUUGAGGGGUCGGUGUGGUAAGGACAGCCGGGAUCCGGCGGAUAAUGAUGUCCGAAAAACGAUGGAGAUUUAUAUUGUGGUCAACUGGAGCAAGCAGGAUGCAGUACCAUUACUUCGGAGAAACAAAAGCACGACAUGUCCACGGAGGGUUGACCUCCCUCGAAGAAAAGGAAAGAAGCCAAAUGCUCAAUCUGUGGAGUGGGAAAGCAUUGGAAGAACACCUGCAACAAUCCUAAGAUUGUGUUACAUCUUGCCGAGAAAGCUGCCCAUGAACGAGCUGUAGAAAUGUGAUUAAUCUGUAUAAGCAGCGAGUAUCGCGUUUAUCACUGAAUUUGCACUGUUUCCCCUUGUAUGAUGAGUGAUCAGUAGCCAACGGUGUGAAAUAAAUUAUGUAUUGUCAGCUUAGUAAUUGUGACAAUGUUUCCUCUUGUAUUUGUCUGAACCUCUGAAUUAUGUGGCUAUGUGUUGUUUAAAACUAACUCUCAUGUUA